UCCUCACCCUCCGUUUGGCACGGCUGCCAGUCUCCCCCCGCACCCACCCGAUGGCUUCUCUCCAGGACCCUCUGCCUGAAGAUCAUGCUGCAAGAGAGCCCGUGGAAGAUACAGAUCCAAGCACUUUUCCAUUAGAAAUGAGAGAAAAGUAUCCUGUCCAGGAUACACGGCUACCUAAAGAUGAGGAGUACCUAACAGAUAAAGUUACAUUGGAAAUAGCAUCUAUUAACAUCAGGAGUCUUACAUCAGAUUCUGGCCUAAUACAACAGCCAGAAGAGAGUGAUAGUCAAAACAAUACUGGAGAAUCACUUUCAGAUAUGAGGAGCUCCUGCAAAGAAAAUGGCACCUGCUCCUUAUGUUUGUGUCGUGCUCCAACCAUCAGCGACUUGCUCAAUGACGAGGACUUGUUGUACACAAUGAGGAUAAAGCUGGAUCCAUGCCACCCUACAGUAAAAAACUGGAGAAAUUUUGCAAGCAAAUGGGGAAUGACCUAUGAUGAAUUGUGUUUCCUGGAACAGAAACAACAAAGCCCUACGUUGGAAUUUUUGUUGCGGAACAGUGACCGGACUGUGGAACAAUUAAUUGAUCUGUGUAAAUUAUAUCAAAGAAUUGAUGUUGUGAAAGUGCUGCUGAAGUGGGUGGAGGAAGAAUGGCCAAAGAGAGGGAAUGGAACCUAUCAGAAUCACUUCUAGGUCAAAGAAAAUUGUUAGCUUGAAAAAUUUACUUGUCUAAUUACCACUAGUGAGAGGGAAGCUUUCCUUGUCAGUGAAAGGGCACAUACCAUCAGUUUAUGCAGAAUGCAAGCUUUUAUUAUAUAUGUAUUCCAAGCAAAGAUGACCUUCCAAAUGUGAACAGGAUAUUACUAAUACAGAGUUGUCUUCCUGAGUCUACAAACAUUUUAAGUCUUCUCCACUGCUCAUACAUUUCCCAAGCAGGAGAGUGAAAAUGACACAGCAUCCAGCAAUAUGACUCUUGAAAUUUAGAACCUUGGAAGGAGUGAAACUGACAAGAAUGUCAGUUUCCCACUGCUGUUGAUUUGUAAAGUUUUGAUCAGCAGCCAAGACGCUUGAACCAUUGCCCCUACCUCAUUGGUAACCCUGCCCCUAUCUUUCAUAUCAGCUUCUACUUAGUAGGUGUCUGGUAA